UUCUCACAAAAUUCUUGUUGGAACGAACACGUCAAAAUUUUGUCGUCAGAGAUUUUUUAUUCGUGUAAAAAAGAAAGAAAAAUUGUAAUUUGUUUUAUUUUAACAGAACCAACAAAAAAUAGUUUUAUUUAAAAAUCAAAUAAAAAUUACAAAAACCAUCAAUCUCAAAUCAAAGCAAUGACAUCCUCAGGGCCAACAAAGCAGGAAAUCGAAUCAGUUUUUGGUAGACUUCGUUCACAAGCUGCCAACAAAUCCUGCUUUGAUUGUGGAGCUAAAGCACCAACUUGGUCAUCAGUAACUUAUGGGAUUUUCAUUUGCAUCGAUUGUUCAGCUGUCCAUCGCAACCUUGGCGUACAUUUGACAUUCGUUCGCUCCACAAAUCUCGACACAAACUGGACGUGGCUGCAAUUGCGUCAGAUGCAAUUGGGUGGCAAUGCAAAUGCUUCCCAGUUCUUCAGACAACACAAUUGCAAUACGACAGAUGCCCAACAGAAAUACAAUUCUCGUGCUGCUCAAUUGUAUCGAGAUAAAUUGCAAAAAUUAGCUCAAAAUGCUAUGAAACAACAUGGAACCAAGCUUCAUUUGGAGAACCAAAGCGAUAAGCCAGAAAAUGAGGUAACUAAAAUCGAAGAAGAAGAUUUCUUUACUCUUUGCGAUGAAAGUAGCUUUGAAACAACUUCCUUGAAUCAGAAGAACAAUAAUAGCAACGAUCAAAUGGCCAAGAUUGAUAUAACACCGAAACCGUCAGCAUUGUCGUCAAAUCUAGGAGGAGAACCCAGUGUUGAUCUCCUGAAUUCCGUUUUGACCAAUAAUGGUCCAGCGCCAACAAUUGGCGCCCGUAAAAUUCAACCGAAGAAAACUGGAAUAGGAGCACGUAAAGGUGGUCUUGGAGCAACAAAAGUCAAGACCAAUUUUGCCGAAAUCGAACAAAGAGCCAACUUGGCAAAUCAAUUCAAAGAACCAGUGCCUGAGAAGAAACUCACUGUCGAAGAAGAAUUAGAAUCAUGCGCCAGUGUACGAUUAGCUUAUCAAGAUCUGUCAAUAAAGCAGUCGAAGGAAGAAGCCAAAAUGAAGACUACUGAUCCACUUAAGGCCAAGCAAAUGGAACGACUUGGAAUGGGAUUCAAUUUGCGAGGUUCGGAUGUAUCUCAUUCUGCUCUAAGUGACAUGGAAACAAUUUCCCAGACUGCAGCUCCAAAAUCGUCAUCAUCAUCGUCUGGAAACAAAUCAUCUUAUGAUCGUGAAAUCAACAGUGAUUCCUUUGAUUCUUUGCUGGGUUAUCCCCCAUCCAUGUAUAAAACAUCAAAACAGGACAAAGAACUCGAGAUGAUGGGUUUCGAAUCGAUUGAGCCCAUAGACUCGCAUCAUUCCAAUAUCACAUCAAUGUUUGCUAGCCAAUCGGCGAACAAUAGCACAACAUCAACAGCAACUUCUAAGCCAGUCUUAUCGGAAAAAUCUGCUGCUGCACCAACUCGUAAGGCUUUCGGCAAAGCUUCAGCAGUUUCAGUUGAUUCCAAUGACGAUAAGGCUCAAAAGAAAUUUGGAAGUGCCAAGGGCAUUUCAUCGGAUCAAUUUUUUGGCAACGAACAGAGUUCAAGUGAAAUUUCGUCAAAUCUGUCCCGUUUCCAGGGAUCGAAUAGCAUUUCUUCGUCGGAUUAUUUUAAUGAUGGAUCCUCCUCAUCGACGACAUCCAACCGAUCUUCCAGGAGAGGCUAUACCACAGCCGCCAACUUUAAUGCGCCAGAUAUGGACGACGUGAAGGAGAGUGUUCGACAAGGUGUAACCAAGGUUGCUGGUCGUUUAAGUAACUUAGCCAAUGAUGUUAUGUCGUCGUUACAGGAUAAAUACGGAUACUGAUACUUUUUUCUUUCUAAUUAAUUUUUCCAGAGUUUGUUAAAUUAGAUGUUUUGUUUGUUUAAAUUUUUUAUUUUUUUUAAUAAUUUUUAAUUUUUAUCUAAAUUUGCAACUUAAAUUUCUAUCAAAAUAUACGAAUCGAAAUGAGAGCAAGACACCACAUUUAUUAAAACAAACAAAUUUUAUCAUUAUUAUAAAUAAAAAAGUAGUAAAAACUUAUUAAAAAACAAUCGCAUAUUAUAGACCAACACCAAUAUUUAAAAAGAAAAAAAAGUUAUAAUGGAAAUCAUAUAAAAAAAAAAAACAA